AUGGCCGUGUCUGAACCCUUCAGCCUGUGGUUCCGCAGCCAGGGGCCGUCCAGCGCUCCCGUGGAGCUGGACACUCGCGUGCGGCAGGUGGGCGGCAGCCUCUACGUGGGCGGCGCGCUUCUAGAGGACUCGGGCCGCUACGUCUGCGUCGUCAACAACUCGGCGGGCGCCGAGCGCGCCUCCACUUCGCUGCUCGUCACCUCGGCGCUGUCGGCGCAGCUGUUCCCGCAGCAGCAGACGGUGGUCUUGGGGCGGUCCGCGCAGCUCAAUUGCUCCACCGCCGGCCACCCCCAGCUGGCCGUCUCCUGGCUCAAGGACGGCCGCCCCAUCCACCCCUCCAGCAGGGUCCGGCUGGUCAGCCCGCAGCCUCGGCUCACCGUCUACAGCCAAGGAGACGGGUUGUCGCUGCUGACCGAACAUACACGGAGACGCUCUUUGCUGCUCACUCCCGUCACUGUGCAGUCACUACACUCGUUCUGCUGCCACAUUGACAGAGAUAAAGCCUCACUUCUAGAGGGUGUAUCCAACAUACCUAUAAUAUAUGACAGUCACUGUGCUGAGGCUGUAGUUGUGGUAGCCGGCCAGCUGCAGUGUGUUCCCCCGGCAGACGCGGCGCCGCAGCUGGUGAGGACGUUCGGCGCCGCGACGCUGGAGGCUGGCGCCCCCUGGUCUGCCGAAUGCGAGGCCGCUGGCAGCCCGCUGCCCUCCGUCUCCUGGCGGCGCGACGGCCGCGCCCUCGCCUCCUCACAGCGACACUCCCUCCAGGUGAGCGUGGAGGCGGGCCGCGCCUCCGUGGUGGGCCGCCUGCGGCUGUGGGCGGCGCGCCCGCACGAGGGCGGCGUCUACGAGUGCGUCGCCAGCAGCGCGGCCGGCGCCGCCUCCCACGCCGCCCCCCUGCGCGUGCUGGGGCCGCCGCACGUCGCACCCAUGCCGGACCGCAGGGUCGUCGCCCACGCCGACGCCGCCUUCCACUGCCACGUCACCGGCUUCCCCAUCAGCGAGAUACGCUGGCAGAGGGAAGGUAUCACGCUACCGGAAAACCACAGACAACAAGUAUUCCAAAAUGGAACACUCAUAAUAAGAAACAUGCAGAAGCACCUCGAUGAGGGAGGUUACGUGUGUGUAGCAACAAAUCCUGAUGGACUCACGGCUAGAAGCAAGCUCAACAUCCAGGUGAUGGAACCUCCUGAGAUUGACCCAAUAGCGACAAAGCCGGACCUUCAGAAAGGUAUGCGGACGCACCUGUCGUGUGUCGUCAGUAAAGGUGACCUGCCCAUGGAGAUUAGGUGGCUCAAGGACGGCGCGCCCCUCCCAGCGGAUGCGGAGGUCAGCCAGAGGCCGGUGGACGACUACUCCAGCACGCUGAGCUUCCGCAGCCUGGCGCCCAGGCACGCCGGGAACUACUCGUGCCACGCCUCCAACGCCGCAGCCUCCAGCCGACACACCGUGCAGCUCGUGGUAAACGAGCCGCCGUCCUGGAAGAGGCAGCCGAAGGACACGGCGGUGGAGGCCGGCAGGUCUGUGGCGCUGCACUGCUCUGCAGACGGCUCGCCUCCUCCGCGAAUCCUCUGGAAGAAGGACGCAGGAUCCUCGCCUCCCCAUUUCCUGGACGUCAGCCUGCUUAUGUCCAACUACAAAAUUCUGGCCAAUGGCAGCCUAUGGAUUCAUAGCGCCCGCUCAGUGGACAAGGGACAUUUCUUAUGCCAAGCUACCAAUGGGUUUGGAAUUGGUCUUAGUAAAGUCGUCCACCUUGAUGUGCGCGCAGCCGCAGUGUUAGCUUGGCCUGGGAACCACCGUACGACGGAAACAGUCGAAUCACGCACUACGUCGUGCAAUACAAAAAUACUUCCGGUGCUGGUGCAAGGAGACCAGCAAAACGUCACCGUGGCGGGUCUUCUGCCCGCCCACGCGUACCACUUCAGAGCUCUCGCUAGCAACUCCAUUGGAACGUCCAACGCGACCAGCGUGCUCUCAGUAACCACAGAGGAAGAGCCCCCUGAAUCUCCACCAAGGGAUGUGAAAGUUAGGACGAAAAGUUCAGAGAGUCUUCUCGUUACGUGGAAGCCACCGGAGCAGAAAUUUCAGAAUGGAGAAAUCCUUGGGUACCAUAUUGGUUACAGAGAGAGUAACUCAUCAGACGAAUUCCAUUACAAAACGUUCGAAGUAAUCCCUGGAACGCAGCUGCAAGGGCUGCUCGACAGCCUGCGGAAGUUCACGGAAUACUCGGUGCACGUGCAGGCCUACAAUAGAGCGGGCACAGGUCCCAGGAGCCCAGCAGUUGCCGCCACGACAGACGAAGACGUUCCCGGAUCGCCUCCAGAGAACGUCAGAUGUGAGCCGUCGUCCUCCAGCAGCCUGUCUGUGUGGUGGUCUGCUCCCGCUACACAAAUCAACGGAGUUCUGCAGGGGUACAGGGUUCUGUACCGAGCCUUAUCUGACUGGGAUGAGCCUCCGGCACCCUCAGAAAGAGUAACAGGAGAGGAGAACGUCGAGCUGGCUGACCUUCAGAGCUUCUGCAACUACAGCGUGGAGGUGAGGGCGUUCACCAGCAAGGGCGACGGCGCCGGCAGCCGCCCGGUCUUCUGCAGGACGCUGGAGGACGUUCCAGAUGAGCCAGCUGACAUCAAGGCACUUGUAAUGGAUUCAGAGACAAUUCUGCUUUCGUGGAGACCACCAAAAUAUCCCAAUGGAAUACUUACGAAGUACAAAGUCUACAUUAAAUCGCUGGACGGAUUUGGUUUGACGCGGGACGAGUUCGACGUUCCGGCGGGUCAGACAGAGUUCCGCGUGUCGCACCUGUCUGCGCAGCACCGCUACCUGCUGUGGGUGUCGGCCGCCACGGCUGCGGGGGAGGGCGCCGCCUCGCGACGCGUCAGCCAGGCGCCGAGCGGCCGCGCUCCUGCCAGGGUCGCCGCCUUCAGCCGCCAGCUGGCAGCACCGCCGCGCGCCACGCUCUCGCUGCCCUGCCUCGCCGUGGGGCAGCCGCCGCCACUGCGCCGCUGGACCAAAGAUGGCAGCGCUGUGGAGAGCGGCGGCCGCGUGAGAAUCAACGAGGAGUGGCAGCUGACCAUCAGCUCCACCCAGACCUCUGACAGCGGCCAGUACACGUGCUCUGCCGAGAACGCCUUUGGGAGCGACCAGGUGGUCUACUCCGUAACUGUAAGAGCUGUCCGUCGUCGUGUUCCAGUACCGGCGGCUCCCGUCAACCUGAGCGCCUCCGCUGCCGGCCACACCAGCAUCCAGCUGCGCUGGCAGCUCCCCAGCGAGGCGCGCACUACUGUGCAAGGAUAUCAGUUGCAUUAUAAAAAGGAGUUUGGAGAGUGGGAGCAGGUGACCCUGCCGGCAGAGAGCAGGAGCUGGACAGUGAGCGAGCUGCAGUGUGGCUCCAGGUACCAGCUCUACCUGCAGGCGUUCAACAGGGAGGGGCGCAGCGCGGCCACGCCCACCGCUGCCGUGAGGACUCUGGGAACAGAGCUCAACAUGAAUCAUGAUGUUCCUGCAGAGCAUAGUCGUGCCAUGCCAGAUGUACAGCACAGCAAAACAGGGCUUGACACCAAAAAUCACUUGCAUGUUGUAGAACAACCACACAGUAUGUUAUGGCAGUCAGGUAUUCAUCAUGGUGCAUCAGGGCUGGACAUGAACCACAUUGUUGCUGUGCAGCAUGGUUAUGCCAUACCAAUUGUGCAGCACAGCACAACAGGGCUUGACACCCACAAUCAGGUCCAUGUUGAACAACCACGCACUAUGCCAUGGCAGCCUGGUGUUCAUCAUGGUGCAUCAUGUGCGUGUAAAGUAAAUCCAAUGGAGAUAACAUUAUUUGAUUAUAAUGAAAUUCUGAAUUUAUAUAUGUACAACUGA